CAACCAGGGGUCAUCCAUCUGAAAUUGUAAUUGGCUCACUAAUCGAGGACAAAGUUAGAGAUCACAACUCAAGCAUAAGUCCCUUUUCCUAACACUGCUACAAAGAUGUUUGACAUAAAGGCUUGGGCUGAGUAUGUUGUGGAAUGGGCUAUUUUGGCCCUUACUCCAUUGUUUCUAGCAAGCGCUGUACUGUCCUGGAAAUUGGCCAAGAAGAUUGAGACCAGGGAAAAGGAGCAAAAGAAAAAACAAAAACACCAAGAAAAUAUUGCAAAAGCUAAAAGACUGAGAAAUGACUGUGGGAAUGAACAGGCUCCCCUUUGA